AUGACAUCAGCAAUCUCAUCUUUGUUUGGGUAUGCACCCAAAGUACUUGGGAUGCCAAAGCCUGCCCAGGUGCCCCCAAAGGCUCUCCCGGCUUCUUGGUAUUCCUCACCUGAAAUGUAUGAAUUAGAACGACGGGCGAUCUUUUCCAAGAAAUGGAUCCUUAUUACACACAAGCUACGUUUCGAGAAACCGGGAGACUUUUAUCGAUUCGAGGAGGCGGGCUUCUCUUUCUUCCUUUGUCUCGACAGGGAGGGAAAGCUCAAUGGAUUUCAUAACAUCUGCCGACACCGCGCCUUUCCCCUGGUUUCUCAAGAUGAAGGUAAUGCCAAGAUACUCUCCUGCAAAUAUCAUGGAUGGUCAUAUGGCAUGAAUGGAAAAUUGACCAAGGCCCCACGGUUCGACGGCGUUCCAGGGUUCAAGAAAGAGGAACAGGGACUUUUCCCCGUGCACGUCCAUGUUGAUGACCUAGGGUUUAUCUGGGUGAAUCUCGACUCCUCCAAGACACCCAUCCCUUGGCAUGAAGACUUUAAAGGAGUCGAUACGCAAGAAAGAUUCCAGAAAUAUGACUUUAGCCAGUAUAAGUUCGACCACACAUGGCAUAUGAAUGGUAAUUAUAACUGGAAAACACUUGCGGACAAUUACAAUGAGUGCUAUCAUUGUACCGUUGCGCACCCUGAUGUGGCGAACCUUGCAGAUCUCUCCUAUUAUUACACAGUCUCAACGCCUGGACACAUUCAACAUUUCUCUCGACCGAAGGAAGACAAGGUUGAUGCCGAUAUUCAGAAUGCGAGUACCUAUUACUUUCCCAAUGCUUGUAUGACAGUUUCACCUCAUUUCUUUUACAUGAUGCGAUGCGUGCCAACUUCGGCGGGCACCUGCUCCAUGGAAUACGAAGUCUACCGUCACAAGGACGCUUCUGACAAGGACUUCGAGCACAUUGAUGGUUUCUUCAAACGAGUAUUAGACGAGGACAAGCAUCUUUGCAAUGCUGCUCAGAAAAAUUUGAAUGCGGGUGUUUUCGUGAAUGGACAGCUUCACCCGGAGCUCGAGAGUGCACCACUCUUCUUUCAGAGCACUGUCAGGCGUCUCCUAGGAAUUCAUCGCGAUGAGGAAAAGCGGCAUAGAAAGGAAAUAUGGCCAGCUCGACAGCAUUCGGCCGGCUCGGCUACCGCGGAGGAUCUAGAAUUUUGCUCUGGGCUAGCAUGCGGUGAGGGUUCUGAUAAUUUAGAGUGGUAG